AUGACCACCGACCACAAAUGGAAGUUCUCGCAAUGCUUUGGUGACAAGGGCGAUAUCGAAAACAUCACCGAAGCCGACAUCAUAUCCACAGUCGAGUUCGAUAGCACCGGUACCUUCUUGGCUACAGGAGACAAAGGCGGCCGGGUGGUUUUGUUCGAGCGCAAUGCUAACAAAAAGAAUCACUGCGAGUACAAGUUCUUCACUGAGUUUCAAAGUCACGACGCCGAGUUCGAUUACUUGAAGUCGUUGGAAGUCGAGGAGAAAAUCAAUAAGAUCAAAUGGUUGAAAAGCUCCAACAAUUCGUUGUACCUUCUCUCGACCAACGACAAGACGAUCAAGUUGUGGAAAGUCAUGGAGAGACAGGUCAAGUUGGUCAGCGAAAACAACUUGAAUGGACUCGAUCACUUGCCCACCUCGAAGUUCAGGGUAGGCGACUUGAAGUUGCCUAAGAUGACCGUGCACGAUAAGUUGAUUCUGGCCCAGCCAAAGAAGAUCUACUCCAACGCACAUGCGUACCAUAUAAACUCCAUAUCCAUCAACUCUGACCAAGAGACAUAUCUUUCUUCAGAUGACUUGCGUAUCAAUUUGUGGAAUUUGGACAUCCCCAACCAGCUGUUCAAUAUUGUGGAUAUUAAGCCGGCCAACAUGGAAGAGUUGACAGAGGUGAUAACAAGCGCUGAGUUCCACCCCAACCACUGUAAUUUGUUCAUGUACUCACUGUCCAAAGGUACUAUCAAGUUGUCCGACAUGAGAUCGAACUCUUUGUGUGACUCCCACGCUAAAGUGUUCGAGGAAUAUUUGGAUCCGGCCUCUCACAAUUUCUUCACAGAAAUCACCUCCUCGAUCUCUGAUGUCAAGUUUUCCCAUGAUGGGCGGUACAUUGUUUCGAGAGAUUACAUGACGGUCAAGAUUUGGGACUUGGCCAUGGAGCUGAAACCUAUCAAAACCAUAAAUGUGCACGAACACUUGCGCGACCGUUUGUGUGACACAUACGAAAACGACGCCAUUUUCGACAAGUUUGAGGUGCAGUUUAGCGGCGACAAUAAGUCUGUGAUGACUGGCUCGUACAACAACAACUUCAUGAUCUAUCCUAGUGCCGUUGGCGGAAGUAGCAGCAGUAGCGGUGACAACAGCAAUUAUUUCAGCGGUGGCAAGAACAUGUCGCUGUUCAGUUACAAGAAUGCGUCCAGAAAGAAGAAUAUGGCGGAUGACGACGAGGAGUCAGAUGAUGACGACCACGACGACUCGCCUCCUGGACCCGGUAACUAUCCACCUUCCCCCAGCACGCAAUUGGACGAAGAUGAUGAGCAGGAGGAAAUCAUUUUACAAGCGGACAAGUCUGCAUUCAAGACCAAGAAGUUGGGCCUGAGUGAUCUGUCGACGAGAAGAAGAUUAAUGAGUGGCAUGGGAACCGGGGACCACAACGACUACAUCGACUUCAAGAAGAGCAUCUUGCAUUUGUCGUGGCAUCCCCAAGAGAACAGUGUUGCCAUUGCGGCCACAAACAACCUCUAUAUCUUUUCUAUGUUAUAG